AAGACGGACGAGGGAGGAGAGGCAUCUGAAUAAACGAAAGAAAGUGAUCAGAGCCGGACGCGAAUCGAAUCACGUAGAGAGUCGAGUACGCGAAUGGUGACCGCAGUUGGUAGCGAGGUGCGCGAUCGCCAUCAUCAUCACCAUUUCCUCUUCGUACAAUGGACGUUUUCAAAAUCGACCAGUCGCUGAGCGCGGGUCUGGGUAGCGCCCCGGCGCCAGACACCCUUACACCGGAAGUGUCGUUCGACGCCGGCAGUGAGUUCAAUUUGAGCUUCUUCGACGGCCCGGAGGAGAACAGCACUCAAGGAUUCAGCGAUCCAGGUUCCGUUGGUAGCGCCAGCGCAUCGCCACCGCCUGGAACACCGGCCAGCAUCCCUGUUAAUCCCUCGAACGCCGCCCUACCGAUUGUCCAAGUGCCCCCUGGCAUCGUCAUUAAGCAAGAUAGGUUUUGUUACAAGAAAGGGAGACUUGGCUAAUGGCAAUGCUAAUAACACGACGGUAUAAAUAGGAGAGAUUCCUUUAAGAGGAGAGAGAGAGAGAUUCGAGUUGGCGUUGGUAAGUGCAACGCCAUUGAACUGUCCACUAUAUGUAUAGUACGAGUGGUCAUGCAACGGUAAAAUUAAGGGAAAUUGAUUAAGAUUGGUCAUUUUAAAUGUAUCUGAUCGAACUUGUACAUUCUGACUUCCUGGUGCAAGAGUCGCACUCUUGAUUAAUGCGAAUUCUUUGAUAUUCGAAAUUUAUAUUAUCCAAUUAUAUAAAAAAUUUUCUUUAUAAAUAUUGUUAUAUUUAAAAAAUAAUAAAUUAAAAUAUCAUAAUAAAAAUAUUUUGAAAUUUC